AAGAGACACGGCGGCCAAGCCGCGGCGGUCCUCGGGCGCGAUGUGGCCGGGUGCCGAGGUCCCGAGGGCGGAGCCCCGGCCGGAGGCCGGCCCGCAUGGGGGUGGGACUAGACGCUGCUCCGACGUUUGCAGGUUGCCCGCGCCCGCCCCGGCAGUGACCAGGGAGCGGCCGAGCUCAGUGAUCUCAGUGCCUGGCUCACCGAACGGGGUGGGCGGACGGCUCGGGACUAUGGCCAGAGCCGGCAUGGAGCGGUGGCGCGACCGGCUGGCACUGGUGACGGGAGCCUCGGGGGGCAUAGGCGCGGCCGUGGCCCGGGCAUUAGUCCAGCAGGGACUGAAGGUGGUGGGUUGUGCCCGCACCGUUGGCAACAUCGAGGAGCUGGCUGCCGAAUGUAAGAGUGCAGGCUACCCCGGGACUUUGAUCCCCUACAGAUGUGACCUGUCAAAUGAGGAGGACAUCCUCUCCAUGUUCUCGGCUGUGCGCUCUCAGCACCAUGGUGUGGAUAUCUGCAUCAACAAUGCGGGCAUGGCCCGGCCCGACACCCUGCUCUCGGGCAGCACCAGCGGAUGGAAGGACAUGUUCAAUGUGAAUGUCCUGGCCCUCAGCAUCUGCACUCGGGAAGCUUAUCAGUCCAUGAAGGAGCGGAAUGUGGACGACGGGCAUAUCAUUAACAUCAACAGCAUGUGUGGCCACCGAGUCCCACCCCAGUCUGUCAUCCAUUUCUAUAGUGCGACCAAGUAUGCCGUCACUGCAUUGACAGAGGGACUAAGGCAAGAGCUUCUGGAGGCCCAGACCCAUAUCCGGGCCACGCUCAGGCUGAGCAGGACCUCUCUGUUGGCCCAGUGUAUCUCUCCAGGCUUGGUGGAAACACGGUUUGCCUUCAAACUCCAUGACAAGGACCCCGAGAGAGCAGCAGCCACCUAUGAAGACAUAAAGUGUCUCAAACCGGAGGAUGUGGCUGAGGCUGUCAUCUAUGUCCUCAGCACGCCCCCACAUGUUCAGCAUCUUAAUGAUGAUCCAGCUACUCAAAACAGCCAGACAGAUUUCUUCAAUCAGCCACCUCAGACGCCAGCCAAGACUUCAGACGCCAGCCAAGACUUCAAACCCCAGACACCAGCGAUCAGCGACACCCGGGACCCCUCAACAUGCACCACCAAGAUCAUCGGAUACAUCAGGGACCCAUCAACGCCCAAAAGCCAGCAGGAAGCAGUCAUGAAAGACCGGGCUACGCCCCUAUUCCUUACCCUGUAAGGCCCCCCCAAUUUUUUUAACAAAACAAAAAGGGUGGUAUGUUGUUCUUUUGGAAAACUACAA